AUCCGUCAACAAACGUCCUUUCACAGGCCGAGGCUGCAACCACCCACUUGUCGUCCUCUCAAGAUCGACAUCUUCUCAAUCGCCAUGUUCUCAUAGACUCUCGGCUUCUCUCGUCGCUAUACCCACGACCCGCAACACCAUUCAGCCUGCAUCUCUCUUCUCUGCGACCCUAGGCUACCUCACUUCUGACAGCCGACAUGGCAUCUCUCCCGCCGCAGCGCCCGGCGUCGCAACGUAGGGCUUCACCUCCCGCCGAGUCGUCUUCCGCGCAGCAAAAACAAACAGCGCGAACGAACAGCUUCUCCGCCCAUUCGGUAGACUCCCAAACGCUUCUCCUCAACUCGCCGCCCAAGCAGUCCGCGACGCCAGCCCUCGAAGCUCAGAAAGAGGCACCAGCACAGAAGAGCGCACCACAAGAGGAGGACUUUGAACCGCGCAAAUGUUGGAUAUGCUUCAACGACGAGACCGAAGACGAUGAGACGACGUCGGAAUGGCGGUCACCCUGCGCUUGCUCACUGGUAGCGCAUGAGAAGUGCUUGCUAGACUGGAUUGCAGACAUGGAGGCGCCGAGCUCAAGACGGCGGGCAGGUACUCGCGCGGCGAAGAUACUGUGUCCGCAGUGUAAGAGCGAGAUCGUGAUUCAGCGUCCAAGGAGCUACGUGGUAGACGCGGUGAGGACUGUCGAGCGCUUGACAGGCACGCUGCUGCUACCAGGCUUUGCCCUCGUGACGGGUACGGCGCUGUAUUCAACUUUGACCUUGUCCGGCACGCACACAAUAUAUCAGAUAUUUGGGACCGAGGAUGCGCUGCAGAUUCUGGGGCCAUUGUACGAAACACCCAAUGCGCAAGUGGGAUCGGUGGCGAUGCGCUUGCUCGAUCAUUUGCGACAGCACUGGAGACUGGAUCUAGGGCUGCCGCUGAUACCUACGGUUCUCGUCGCUAGCAGAACCACUUUUGCUGACUCAUUCCUGCCCUUCCUCCCGCUCAUAUUUUUCGUCAGCUCAGGACAGCCGGGAGACGAGUUGCUCCAGCUCCAGUGGCCGCCUAGCGCAGCCUUUUCCUUCGCCGCUCUACCAUAUCUGCGGGGGUUUUACAAUGCAUACUACGAUCGUGUCUGGCUACCACGAGAGCAGCAGUGGCUCAAGGAGAUCCAACCCCGUGCUGGCGAAGAUGCCGCUGCGGAUGCACAGGCAAAUGUCGGCGACGACCAUGUACACGAUGACGAAGGCGUUGAGGACAUGGUCGACGGCGUAGAGAUAGAAGUUGAUUUCGAUAUAUUCGCAGACUGGAACAACGGCGGCGACGCAGACAACCACGAGGCCUUUGAAAAUCCUCCUGUGCCUGUUGCACGAGGUCCAGCACAUCCGAUGAAUGCGCCACCACAGGAUAACGAUGCCAUGCCAGAUCUUAUUGACGUCAACGACAUUGCACAGGAGGGAGCACCAGCUCCUAAUAUUCCCGCUGUACCACGUCGUCAACGCGUCCGUCGCGAGCGUAACAUUGCCUUCAGCACCACCUCACUCGCCGACACAAUUCUUGGCGCACUCAUAUUCCCCAGCAUAGCCGCUGCUAUGGGUGAACUGCUCAAGCACAGCUUACCAACUUCCUGGGUUUCCCCACCAGCAGGCUCACCUGCUACCUCUUGGCUUGGCGGUUGGGUCAACACUGGUGGUAGAUUAGGAGGUGUGGGCAAGCCCACGAGCUUCUUACAGACGCGCUGGGGACGGAGCAUCGUGGGAGGUUGCUUGUUUGUGGGGUUUAAAGAUGCAGUGCUAUUGUAUGUACGGUGGAAGAUGGCGCAGAACCAUCGGCGGAGGAAGAUCUUAGACUAUGACGACAAAGGGAAGAAGAAGAGGGCUGGUACGGCGGCGUCAUGAUACUGAUGCUUGCGAUCUCACACAGUAGUAUUUAGAUGGUGCGAUUUGGAGCGUUACCUCCCGCAGAGCCUAGAUACUCAUUACACUCAAUCAACAUUUGACAAGAGUUCCACUAGAGAUCCUUGUGUAUUCUGAUUCCUCUACACAGCGCACAACCACCAACAGUAUCUCAAUCCUGUCUUCCAUAGAGGUAAUCCAGUCUCACAAAUCCCUCGUAUCAUUCACAACUGUGCAAGUUACGUCUACCCAAGAAAGUGGAAUCUCUUACUUGAAAAAGCAGUAUUGCGGCACAGCCAGGUCGGG